CCCAAAAGAGAGAAAAACAAAACUUUCACAAUUGGCUACACUCAAAAGCAAACCUAAUAAAGAGGAAGCAAACAAAAAACCCACCUUCCUCUUACUCCGAACAUAAGUCACUCUUCCUUGACAAACACUCUCCUCCGAAGUCCCAAGUAACAUUUCUCUCACUUUCACGUGUCAAUGGCUCUCUCCAAACUUGAACAACCAUCAUCACCAGAAGAACCACCGUCGCCAUCCCAUUACUACACUACUUUACCAUCCCAACCUCCUGAUCAAAACUACGUCGUUUUACCCUACUAUCGCCUGGGGGGACUCCACUGGCGCGGUUGUCGGAUACUGUGCACGGUUUCCUUGGUGUUGUUAGCUGCCAUGGUGUACAUUUUCUGGCCGUCUGACCCUGAAGUUAAGAUUGUACGGAUGCAUGUAAAACGCAUGCAAAUUCAUACAAUACCUAUCAUUGCUCUAGAUAUAUCUUUGUUGAUUACUUUGAAAGUGAGGAAUUCGGACGUGUAUUCCAUGGACUUUACCAGCUUGGACGUGGCCGUAGGGUACAGAGGGAAGAUGCUGGGACAUGUGAAGUCGGAGCAUAGUCACGUGAGGGCGAUGGGGUCGUCUUACCUGGAGGCAGAGCUUCAGCUUAAUGGGGUUGAGGUGUUGUCCGACGUUGUGUAUAUGCUGGAAGAUUUGGCCAGGGGAACUGUCCCCUUUGAUACUGUUACGGAGGUUGUAGGCUGGCUUGGUCUGUUCUUCUUUAAGUUCCCUUUGAAGGCAAAAGUAUCAUGCGAGAUUGUGGUAAACAGAACCUAUCAAACCAUCAUACGCCAAAAUUGUUACCCUCAGAAAUGAACUUGGAAGUGCUAGCUGGAUAUCAGAAAUGAACUCGAACGCAUUGGAUUGGAUUGCAUGAGGUGCAGCAAAAGCUGAAAAAUUGACCAACCCUUAUUUGUAAAUCUUGAAACAGGUUUGGGAGAGUGAGGUUUGAAACUUCUGCAGCAUAUCAUGAUAUUGUAAUAUAGCAGAUCCUGUUUCCCUCAUACUGUAAGAAUGGAUCAAUCUGUAUAAAAUGGAUUUUACUAUAAGCUUAUGAACUUCUAAUAGUAAAGUAGAUUCUAUAUAUCUU